AUGAGUCAAAUCUCGAUCCCUUCCCUCCUCUCUCAUUUACUGCGUUACGCGCUGUCACUCACAUGCUCACACUCACGUCGUCACAUCGUCGCAGCACCGCAGGGUAACACCACAAAUCUAUACAACCACCUCAAACGUCACCACAAAAUACAGUACGAGUUAGCCAUGAGAGACAAGGGAGCUACACCUAAAUAUGCCAGCCGCCUGACGACACAAACGUCCAUAACUCAGACAUUACACGGUGCAUCGCCAUACCCUUUAAGUUCCCAGCGGCACAAAGAUAUAACAAACGCCAUCGCUUAUCACCUUGCUAAAGACAUGAUUCCAAUCAACACAGUUACAAGCGACGGAUUCAAGGCAAUGAUAAAGACUAUUGACAAGCGCUACUCUCUGCCCUCUCGCAACUAUUUUUCGUCUGUUGCAUUGCCAAAUCUAUACACCCAGUGUCGAGUGACAGUCGAGAAAGAUCUGCAAGAUAUGCAGAAUUUCGCGGCAACAGUAGACCUAUGGUCAAGCCGAACUAUGGAGCCGUAUUUAAGCCUGACAGUGCAUUUCAUAACAAGUGACUUCAACAUGAAAAGCCGCUGUCUACAGACAGCGUUCUUCCCUGCUGAUCACACUGGCGAGGAACUGGCCCAGGGGCUAAAGGAGAGUCUCAAUUCCUGGUGUUUGGAGGAGAAAAAUAUGGUGUGCUUCACCACAGACAGUGGAGCGAACAUUGUUAAAGCGGCCUCCCUGAACAAAUGGACAAGGCUUCAAUGUUUUGGCCAUAGGCUACAUCUGGCUAUAGAGAAUGCAAUGAAAGAUUCACGCAUUGACCGUGCUGUGGGUCUUUGCAAAAAGCUUGUGGCCUGCUUCAGCCAUAGUUGGAAGCGGAGGAGGGAGCUUGCUGUUGCCCAAAAGGAGCUCAACCUGCCUGAACACCAGCUUAAAACUGAGUGCCCAACAAGAUGGGGCUCCCGACAAGCUAUGGUCCAGAGAAUGCUUGAACAACAAACUGCGAUUGUACAUGUUCUCUCCUCUGACCGGAAGGCUAGACACCUGACACCAACCUGGCAGGAUAUUGAAGUUCUUGAAGUGAUCAACAAGACGCUCACCCCACUGGCAGACUUUACUGAUGCUCUUUCAGGAGAGCAGUAUGUUAAACGGAACUUGCUCGAUCGAUUAAGGGCAAUUCCAGCGUUAUGGACGUGACAUAAAAAUGCUCAGAGAAUGAAUUUGUUACGAAUAUAUUGAACCAUCUGUUUAUAUUUUACUGAACCCUUGUUGAUAGAGUCUAAACAUCAAAAAAUGUCUAUUUAAAAAAUUUUCUAUUUAAAAAAAGGGAAAUAAACAUGCGUUAUGGAUGUGACAAAAAAAGGACGCGUUUUUUGGAAGACGAUAAGCUUUGUAGGAUUUCUGUCAAAGAAAAAGCGCAAUCCUGAAGCAAUAAUACCCAAUGAAUGGAGAAGGGAUGCCUCUUUAUAGAACAUAAAAUAGUUAUUUUAUAUUUAUUUUCAUGUGUCCAUUUAUGAGGAAUAUGUAGCGUUAUGGAUGUGACAAUCCUGAAAAUGGCACUUACCUGACUAUGAAAAAUCAUGCACUAAAAAUAAAACAAAUGCUUUACAAAUUUGAAGCGAGAUCUCACAUGGGUAUUUGAACCACCAAAUGUUAAAAUCUGUGCUGUUACCAUAGUAAAAACCGCUGGUAAACACUUCAUUUUUUCGUGGUUAGGUUGACAUUUUCACGGAAUUGCCCUUAAGUCAAAAAUCCUGCAUUACCUUAAAGAAAAGUAUAGUGAUCCUCACACGCAGAAGCUGCUUGACAUAGCAACAGCUUUGGAUCCACGGUUUAAAUUGGACUAUGUCAGCGAAGACAACAAAAUCAGUGUCAAGGCCAUACUGAAGAAUGAGAUGACUAGCAUUGCUCUGGUAAGUAUCUUUUUAAGAUUCACAAUACACUUUGUCUCACAUAGUAAGAAAUUUACAGCUUAUACAUCAAGGUUAACCAACCCUGCUCCUGGAAAGGUACCAUUUUGAAGAUUUCAGGUUCGACUUUAACAAAACACACCUGAAGCAUCUAAACAAGGUGUUCAGGGUUGCUAGAUAAUUGCAGACAGGUGUGCUGAAGCGGGUUGGAGCUGAAGUUUACUACAUUGCUCCAGGCUACAUUGUUUAUAGCUGCAAAUAACUGAAUAAUUUGAAAUAGAAUUAAGUGAACCCACUUUAGAGAUAUUAAUGUUGUUAGCAAGUGUACAGUAUAAAGAUUUUUAA